AUGGAGAAGUUUGUUUUCUUAAGGUUGACUCACAUUUUAAGAGAAAGAAAACUUUUACGUGACGGUCGAUGGGUCACCAUAGAAGAGCAAUUGGCGAUUUUCCUUCUCACGAUUGGACAUAAUGAAGAUAAUAGAAUGUUACAAGAAAGAUUUCAACAUUCCGGUGAAACUAUAAGUAGAUACUUCAAUGAAGUAUUGAGAGCCAUCAUGGAACUUUCCAAGGAACUUAUAAAACCUCCUUCUUUCUCUGAGACUCCAGCUGAAAUACUCAACAACUCUAAAUAUUUCCCAUGGUUCAAGGAUUGUAUUGGCGCUAUAGACGGAACACAUAUUAAAGUGAUUGUACCACUAGCCCAACAAACACCGUACUUCGAUAGGAAAGGAAAUAUAUCACAAAACGUGAUGGCAAUAUGUUCGUUUGAUUUGAAAUUCACAUAUAUCUACGCUGGAUGGGAAGGAUCGGCAAAUGAUUCAAGAAUUUUAUGGGAAGCUUUGAGUAAUAGAAGUUUGAUGUUUCCUCAUGCCCCUGAAGGAAAGUAUUAUGUUGUUGAUGCUGGAUAUCCAAACAUGCCUGGUUUUCUUGCUCCAUAUCGGGGAGUUCGUUAUCACUUACAUGACCGUAGAAGAGGAAGCAAUGGAAGGUUCACUGCAAAGGAGUUGUUUAAUUUUGGGCAUUCUUCAUUAAGGAAUGCAAUCGAGCGAAGCUUUGGAGUUCUUAAAUAUCACUUUCCAAUUUUGAUAGAUCCUGCCUCAUUUCCAUACAACACCCAGGUACAAAUAUUAAUAGCAACAUGUGCAAUUCACAAUUUCAUUAGGACGGAAUCCAAGUCUGAUGAACUGUUUGCAUAUUAUGCAAAUGAAGAAAAUGUCAUAGAUGUUGAUACAUCCCCGCCUGAUGAACCGGCGUUUAGUGGUAUGUACGCACAUCAACAAAGAAGAAGUGAAAUGAAUCACGUGAGAGAUGAAAUUGCCGAUGCCAUGUAUAGAUUUCGAUACCGAAACUAG